GAUGAGAUGGAAAAUAGAGAAAGAAAGGAAUGCACAUGCAAAGAAAAAGAUAGGUGUUUUUGUCACCAUUUGUUGGUGGGACAAACAAGUACAAAACUCAACCCAAAUCUUGGCCUCAUUUUUCAAUGAGACUUCUUGGAUAUUUGCUCAUUCAUCAACUCAUCAUGUUCUUAGUUAUCUUAACCAUUUCUUGUUUAUUGCUAAUAUUCUAACUUUUUUCAACUGCCUAUCCAGCUUUUUGAAUCAGCAUCUUUCUCUCUUUUACCACAACUUUUGUUAAAGAUUCAAGAUUCAGGCUUUGCUGAUAUAGGCUAGGAAUGAAUGGUGGUACUCAUCUUGAAUCAGAGGAUUCUGAAUAUGUUGAAGUUGAUCCUACUGGCAGAUAUGGAAGAUAUAAUGAGAUUCUUGGCAGAGGGGCAUCAAAGAUAGUGUAUAGAGCUUUUGAUGAGUAUGAAGGGAUUGAAGUGGCCUGGAAUCAAGUAAAGCUUUUUGAUUUCCUACAAAGUCCCGAAGAUCUCGAGAGGCUGUACUGUGAAAUCCAUCUGCUCAAGACUUUGAAACAUAGCAAUAUCAUGAAGUUCUAUACUUCUUGGGUUGAUGCUGCUAAUAGAAACAUUAAUUUUGUGACAGAAAUGUUCACUUCUGGUACUCUCAGACAGUAUAGGCAAAGACACAAAAAUGUAAACAUUAGAGCCUUGAAACACUGGUGUAGACAGAUUUUGCAAGGCCUGCUAUACCUCCAUAGCCAUGACCCUCCUAUCAUUCACAGGGAUCUCAAAUGUGACAAUAUAUUUGUCAAUGGUAAUCAAGGGGAAGUAAAGAUUGGUGAUCUUGGCCUUGCUGCAAUACUCCGUAAAUCUCACGCUGCUCGUUGUGUUGGAACACCAGAGUUCAUGGCUCCAGAGGUGUAUGCAGAGGAAUACAAUGAAUUAGUAGAUAUUUAUGCAUUCGGAAUGUGCGUUUUGGAAAUGGUCACAUUUGAAUAUCCAUAUAGUGAAUGCUUUCACCCUGCUCAGAUAUACAAGAAAGUUGUAUCUGGUCAAAAACCCGAUUCACUUUACAAAGUUGAAGACCCCGAGGUACGACAAUUUAUUGAGAAGUGCCUAGCCACAGUAUCUUGUAGGCUACCAGCGGCAGAGCUUCUAAAGGACCCUUUUCUUCAGAAUGAUUAUUAUGGAUCAGUUUCGACCCCAUCAGAUUGCGGAUAUCCAUUAAAUAUGGGCUCUACAUUAAGAGAACCUUCGUUUGAAGAUCAAUGUAGUAAGAAUUCUUUGCUCAAUGAUUAUUCCAGUUAUCAUGGUUAUGAACCAAGGAAUGAUAUGGACUACAUUAUACCUGAUUAUCACUCAUAUGGAAGUGAUCCAUUGAUCAAUCGGGUAGAUGAGAAUUUUGAAAAUGUUGGCAUCACUAUCAAGGGGAGGAAAGAGGAUGAUGGCAUUUUUCUAAAGCUUAGGAUGGCUGAUAAAAAAGGCCGUAUCCGAAAUAUAUACUUCCCAUUUGAUAUAGAAGCAGAUACAGCUCUGAGUGUGGCUGCAGAAAUGGUUUCAGAGUUGGAUAUAACAGAUCAGGAAGUUACCAAAAUAGCAGAGAUGAUUGAUGGUGAAAUUAUUUCUUUAGUACCAGAGUGGAAUAAGAGUUUAGACCAAGAAGAGAGUAGUGAUGACGAAAGCUAUUGUCAAGGUUGUGUUCAUAAUAGCCCUUGUAGAAGCUAUCUUUCCUCAAAGAACCCGUCUGCCAAUAACCUUCAAGUUCUUCAAGGGAUAUCCACCAAGGACUUGCUACACGGAUGUGUUCGCAAUAGCCCUUGUAAAGGCUAUCUUUCCUCAAACAACCCAUCUGCCAGUAACCUUCAAGUUCUUCAAGGACUGUCUGCAAAAGACUUGCUACACGGGUCUGCUGCUAUGCAUGGUCGUUUUGAAGAAAUCCGUUACCAAAUUGACACAUCCGAACAAUGUGGUACAGAUGGCGCAUCAGUAGUAUCAAGUCAAUCAGAUGGCACACCCUAUUCUGGUAUUUGGGAGCAGACUGAUGAGCCUGAGCUAUGCUCCCGAGAAUCAAAUGAUAAAAAACAAGUAGAGAAAUCAUGUGUAAAGGAGGGGGUGGAAAUAAACAAUUGCAACAAGAAGAAUAAUUCCUAUGUGGGAAAAUCUCAAUCUGAAAAUCUUUCAGAAACUCGCAAUUCAGCAGAAGACUAUGAGAAUGAGGUAACGCAAGAAUUGAGGUGGCUCAAGGCCAAGUAUCAGAUACAGUUACGAGAGCUUAGAGAUCAGCAACUACGAUCCUUGUCAAGAAAUGGAAGUUUUUCUUCUAGUAUGGAUGACCGAAAAGAAGAGACUAAAUAUAAAAUGUCAAGUUCAGUUCCAUCGGAAGAAAGAAAUGGUGAUCUACUUAAAUCAUUUGAUUCUGGGAAACAUUACAGUUUGUGCUUUCCUGUUGAUUAUGGAAAGACUUGUGCAAACCAAGAUAUUCUAAAUUAUGAUGCAGACUAUGGAGUUUAUAGUCCAAAACCAAUGGUCAUUGCCAAGGGAUUUAUUGCAGGGGAAUUGCUUCCGCAAUCACUUCACAGAGCUACUUCUCUUCCUGUUGAUGCUGUAGAAUUCUAACUCAGCAAGAAAAGGUCCGUUCUAUUCAGUUACCAACUCUCCUAAAAUCUUAUGGCAGUAGAUUGGUAGCGGAAGAUAUCAAUCGAUCUUUUGGGCAAAAUUUAACCUCAGUAUCCAAAUUAAGUCAUCUAUAAUUGGGAGGCACCGGACCUCUCCAAAUUAAGUCAUCUAUAAUUGGGAGGCACCGGACCUCCGAUCCUGAGCUUUGAUACUAAUGUAAGUGGAAAGGAUUAUUUGGUUCACAACUCAAAUCUUAGCUAUAAUGAUGGAAACAAUAAAAAUACAUCUUUUUUGUAUUUAUAUUCCGAUGUAGCAAGUCGAACCAGAAAUAAUUUCCAUUUCACAGAAAAAUAGCCGAGCCAUGUACAUUCGAGUAUUGUUAUAAUCUAGUAUGUACAUAUGCAGAUUGUCUGUUCAAGAAGUGCAGAAUGUUAUGAAACGGGCUUCAUGUCUAAGGAUUUAAGGUAAAGUGCAAAGUGCUUCCUUUUUCUUGCUUAAUAUCGUACCUACAAAGUCUUGUUUCAUAGUAUUCCACUCGCACUCCGUGACAAGAGAGUAUGGUUCUACAGCAGCAAAGGUUGUAGAAUGGUCCAAAGUGCUUGCUGGGUCCUGACUCCUGAGGCCAGUUUUCUAGACCAAGGACCUACUGAUAUUCUCCCAUCGAAUCAAGUUCUAUUGAGUUUACAUAAAAAUUGGAGUCUUGCGAUCCGUAAUCCUCGCCCGUCAUUUGACUCUACUCAUUCAAAGAAAAUUUUUUUGUAUUAUCAAAUUCGGGUAUAUUUAAAUCAGAUUUUAAAAGAUGUAUCAAAAAGUUGGACUGUUCAAUUAAGAAUUUUAAAUUAUGUUAUAAAAUAUAAUGAUAUUCAAUUAUGAAUUUAAA